UUCACUGUGGUUCUGCUUUAAAUUUCUGAGGAUCAGUGAUAUCUUUUCAUGUGUCUGUUGACCAGUGCACACGUAACAUGGUUACUGUAAAGACACUGUACCACUACCCCAGACCUCCAAAUACAGGCUCCUAGCUUGAUUUCAUAACUACCAUAGUCUUUGGAGCUUCAGGUGCCAGAAUGCUGGAGUGAGAAGCUCCGCCCUUUACUCACUGCCUCCUCCAGCACUUAAAACCCUCUGACUGCCUCCAAGCACACAACCCACAAAGCACACUGCUGUGGCAGACAGACUGCGCCAAAAGGCCUCAACAAAGCAGCACUGAUUGAUCAACUCUGUGACUGGGGACCAUGGCAAAGACAGUGGCAGUGAUUGGAGCCGGGGUCAGUGGCCUGACCUCUCUGAAGUGCUGUGUGGACGAGGGACUCCUGCCCACUUGCUUUGAGAGGACUGAUGACAUCGGAGGAGUGUGGAGGUUCAAAGAAAAUGUGGAAGAUGGGCAAGCGAGUAUCUAUCAAUCUGUCAUCACCAGCACGAGCAAAGAAAUGUCCUGUUUCAGUGACUUUCCAAUGCCUGAAGAUUUUCCAAACUUUCUGCCCAAUUCGAAGCUCCUGGAGUAUUUCAGGAUCUUUGCUAAGAAGUUUGAUCUUCUAAAAUACAUUCAGUUCCAGACAACCGUCCUCAGGGUGAAAAAACGCCCAGAUUUCUCAUCCUCUGGUCAAUGGGAGGUCGUGACCAAGAGCAAAGGCAAGGAGCACAGCGCUGUCUUCGACGCAGUGAUGGUUUGCAAUGGCCACCACAUCUUCCCUCACAUGCCGCUGGAGUCAUUUCCAGGUAUUGAGAGGUUCAAAGGCCAGUACUUUCAUAGCCGCCAAUACAAGCAACCCGAGGGAUUUGAGGGGAAGAACAUCCUGGUGAUUGGACUGGGAAACUCGGCCACAGACAUUGCCGUGGAGCUGAGCAAGACGGCUGCUCAGGUGUUCAUCAGCACCAGGCAAGGUUCCUGGGUCACAAGCCGUAUGCAUGACCAUGGCUAUCCCUGGGACAUGGUCCACCAUACCCGGUUCAGCUCCAUGCUCCGAAAUGUCCUGCCGAGAACAGUUCUAAAGUGGAUGUCAGAACGACAGAUGAAUCAGUGGUUUGACCAUGAAAAUUAUGGCCUUGAGCCUCAAAACAAAUACCUUAUGAAAGCACCUGUAGUAAAUGACCACCUACCAAGCCAUAUACUUUAUGGAGCAAUCAAGGUAAAAUCAAAAGUGAAAGAGCUCACAGAAACGUCUGCCAUCUUCGAGGAUGGGACAGUGGAAGAGGACAUUGAUGUCAUUGUCUUUGCAACAGGAUAUACAAUCUCUUUUCCCUUCCUUGAAGAUUCACUUGUUAAAGUAGAGAAUAAUAUGGUCUCACUGUAUAAGUACAUGUUCCCUCCUCACUUGGAGAAGUCAACCCUUGCCUGCAUAGGUCUCAUCGAGCCCCUGGGUUGCAUUUUCCCAACUUCUGAACUUCAAGCUCGUUGGGCAACUAGAGUUUUCAAAGGCUUGUGUACCUUGCCCUCAGAGAAGACUAUGAUGGAAGACACUAUCAAGAGGAACAAACAAAGAAUUGACCUGUUUGGAAAGGGCAAGAGCCAGAUUUUGCAGACCAAGUACAUCGACUAUUUGGAUGAGCUCGCCGCAGAGAUAGGUGCCAAGCCAGACCUCCUCUCUCUCCUGUUCAGAGAUCCUGAACUGGCUGUCAGACUCUAUUUUGGACCCUGCAGCUCCUACCAGUAUCGCCUGGUGGGGCCUGGGCGAUGGAAAGAAGCCAGGGGUGCCAUCCUCUCCCAGAAUCGAAGGGUACUGAAGCCUUUAAAGACGCGUGCUCUGGAGCCGACAUCUCAGUUCCCAGUUUCCUUCCUGUUGCUAAUCUUGGGGCUUCUAGCUGUGGCUUUGGCCUUUUUGUUCUAACGUCAGUGGUACUAAUCUGUCAGCUUUUGGCUUUAUCAUCAGUCAAUACCUCUUAAAGAAAAAAAAUAAAAAAUAAAAAUAUUAAAUCUAUAGUCUAAGUUUUAGAGUUGAGAGGAAAAGAGGAAGAGAGGUGAUUGUGGAGAAUUAGCAGAAUUAGGCCUAUGUAUAAAACCAAAACAAUGUCAUAAAAUGUCUUUGCCAUUUCACUCUUCCCUCAAGUUCACUAGACUCUCCAAAAAGGACAAAAUACCAUGUCUAAAUAGUGUCACCAGCCCUGACAUAGGCAAGCUGUGUGGAAAACAGCAGAAUUCCACAGAACAGCAGGCUCUACAGUUUAGAUCAAUGGAAACUUUAAGUUAUGGGUAAAUAUUUAAACUCCUGUGCAAUAUUCUGAACUGUCUAUCCAACCCUGUUUGGUGACAAAGUUCUCAGAUAUUAGGUCAUGCUCCAUUUGCUUAGCAGGGAAUCACUCAAAAAUACUGGAAAAAGAAAAUGAAAGUAGACUUUAAAACUAUGGCAAUACUCAGACUUUUAGGGCCUCAUACUGAAAGCUAAGUAUUGCUGGGGUUGUUUUUUUUGUUUGUUUUCUCACAUUUCUUAUCUUUUUCUCAUACGCUGACAGAAACACUGCUGUAAAACAAAAAUAUGCAUUCCACAAUGGCUGUCUACCACGUAUUUAGUCCUUAUCUAGACCAGACACUGUGCUCUGUGCACAUCAUGUGCACUAUUUCAUUUCAUUCUCACAACAGUUCUGGGAGAUGGGUGCAGCUAUUGUACCCAUUUAGCAGAAAAGAAACUGAGACUUGGAGCAAUUGGGUGAC